AUGGAUAAUGAUCGUGCAUUUUUGUCCUUCGAUCUUUUCAAUUCAAUUCCAGACGGAAAGAUGAGAGAUACGCUAAUCAAUUUGGCAAUUAUCUUUUAUUGUCUUCAAGCGGCACCGAUAUUUGUUGAGCAUGAAGUUGAAUUACAUCCCGUUUAUGGUAAAUCAAACCAACAUACCGGAUAUACUGCAAAGGUGAUAAUCGGUGAGUCGAAAGAGGAGUUAGCUCUACUUUUGGAUAUUGCUACCACCAUUAUUUGGAUUUAUCCUUCUAAAUAUACAGAGAUACUUCCGGAAAACAAGCAAGCUUACUCAUUCUUGCAAUCAGAAACCUUUAAGAAAGAAAAUCCACUUUUGUUGGUGGAAGCUUACGGUUCCAGAUCAGUUGCAUUGUACACCGAAUGGGAUAAGAUUUCGCUUAAUUUAUUAGAUGGAACAUGCUUAGAUUUCACAGAUUUUCCAUUCUGUAAAGUAAAGAUUAUCAUAUGGCCUAAACGCGAAGAUUAUCAACGAAUCGAUGGUUUAUUUGGUAUUGGCGUUCCAUAUGGGAAUUCCGGCGAUUCUUCCCGGAAUAAUCAAUCGUAUCUAGUUAUUACCGUUGCAUUGCCACCAUUGGAUUCAAAUAAAACAGCGAUAUUAACGCUGGGUGGACGUAAUAACCAAUCAUGCGAUUUGAAUUAUGAAACCGUUGAACCGCUUCGUUUGAUUAAUGAAAACACUGGACAAGAACGUCAAGUGGCUCCUUCUCCUUCUCAUCUCAUAGCGUCAAAUCAAUCUGGAAAUCAUUACGAAUUCAAAUAUAACUCCAUCAAAAUGGGCGAUGUGAUGUCUUCUAUUGUAUCAUUUGCUUAUCUGAGCACUAUUGAGCCAUUUAUCAGUGUUCCGGAUGAUUUCCUGAGCAAAAUCAUUACCAAUCUCAAUGCAACGUUUGAUUCAUCAGAGAACAAAUAUAUGGUACAAUGUAAGGGAUCGGUCGCUCAUAACACAUACGAGCCAUUCGAGAUAUCCACCGAUAGUAACACUUACGUCAUUCCGCCACAACAUUUCAUAAUCAAACAUAAUCCGGACGAUAUGUUAUGCGAACUUGCGUUCAGAAAGAAUGAACGAAUAUUUUACUAUUUAUAUGCGUCUGAAAAUCUAAUCGAAAGAUAUAGUGAUAUUGAUCCAAAUAUAAUCGUGCUUGGAAUACCAUUCUUCCAUCAAUAUUGCAUAAUGUUGAAACCACGUGGCUCUAAUAUUAAUUUCGCACCGAUAAUUUAA